GGGCUGCGCACAACGCCGCACUUCCUUCUCCAUUUGGCAGCCAAGCGACACGCAGCGGCAUACGGAGCGGAUAGACGAUCGCUUUUAGUAGCUUUGUGCUCGGCAGUGUACCGGUGGUGUGUUGCGAAUUGCGCUGUAAUCUACUACGCGAAUAGCAUCGAUAAAGCGCGAUGGCCGAUCAGGAGAAUAAGGAUUUCAGCGACGAUAUCGCGGAGCAGAACUUCGCAGAGCAGAAUGGCGAGGCCGAGAACAACGGCGAUAACAGCAUCGCGGAUAACAAUCAGGAGUCACAGGAAGACAGGUGAUCAACAACGGUUUUCACAUGGCGGGCGGCUCGCAGGUGGAAAACGUGACCCGACCAGCAACUGUUUACCGGCGAGUGACUGGUGCCAACGGUCGGUCAGAGCUAGCCAGGAUUCUCUGAAUGAUAGGAAAUUAUUUGUCGGCGGUUUAAGCUGGGAAACGACAGACAAGGAAUUGCGAGAACAUUUCAGCGCAUAUGGUGAUAUUGAAAGCAUCAAUGUCAAGACAGAUCCAAAUACUGGACGAUCGCGAGGAUUCGCUUUCAUCGUCUUUGCUAAAGCCGAAUCUCUCGAUAAGAUUAUGUCUGCUGGUGAUCACGUUAUCAACAACAAGAAGGUUGACCCUAAAAAGGCGAAGGCUAGACACGGAAAGAUAUUUGUCGGUGGGCUUUCGACAGAACUCUCCGAUGAUGAUAUCAAGAACUUUUUCUCACAAUUUGGAACUAUUGUUGAGGUGGAAAUGCCGUUUGAUAAAACCAAAAAUCAAAGGAAAGGAUUCUGCUUUAUCACUUUUGAAUCUGAACAAGUUGUAAACGAGCUGUUGAAAACCUCGAAGCAAACUAUUAAUGGUAAAGAGGUUGAUGUAAAGAAAGCGACGCCCAAACCCGACGGAAUGAUCAGUAUGCGCGGUGGACCCGGCGGCCGCGGCGGCCGUGGCGGUAGAGGUGGCCGAGGUCGAGGUUUCCAAGGCGGAUGGCAAGGUGGUUACGGUGGUGGUUAUGGUGGUGGCUACAGCCAGGGAGGAUAUGGCAGUGGCUACGAUGGAUAUGGAUACGAUUAUUACGGUGGGGGUGGGUACGGAGGUUACGGCGGCUACGACUACAGUGGAUACGACGGAUAUGGAUAUGGCGGUGGUAAUUACGACGGUGGAUACAGUGGCGGGCGCGGUGGCGCACGCGGUAAAGGAGGUUCAGGCUACGGUGGCAAGCAAAGGGGUGGUCGUCAGAACCAGAGGCACCAACCCUAUUAAUAAAGGAACCCUCCUUAUUUAUGACCGCAAUGCAAUUCGCAUUGUAACUGCCGGUUUCGCAAGCCGCGGUUUCCGUUCACAAUCACAAUAUUACAACUCGUCCAAUCAUUCCAUACAUUCAUCAACAUCGGCCGAUAAUAAAAAAAACAGGACUCGAGUAGCAUGAAAAUUUACAGAAACAGUUCCAAUAACAUUUUGUUAAUUUUGUUUUUGUAUAUACAUAUACGCGCUUGCUUUUUUUUUCAAUACACAAAAGAUUUGCGUGCGCACACGCAUUGUAUAUCGUAAUUUCUUAUUAUAAUAGAUUAUUUUAAUUUUUUUUAUGAAGUCACACGGCGGCAAGAGAAUCAUGUAAGCGGUCAAUAUGCUUUUUACAUAGCAUGCAAAAAAAGACGAGAAAAAAUAGAAAAAAACCACAUGCUUAUAAUGACCGUGUGAAUUAAUAUAAAAGGAUUCUUCCUUACUAGUAAGAUAUAGGAUUAAAUAAAUUCGUUUUGUGUACAUAAUAUAUACAUUUAUUCUCAUAUAUUCUCAUAUAUACAUUUGUAGUUUUGCUCUGACCUCCUAUAUGGCAAUUUUUUUCUUUUUAAUACCACGACAUGUACACAAGAAUUAUGGCUGAACAGUGUAGAGAUCAUCAUUUAUACAGUAGAUUUGAAUAAAAGACUGACACACAAAAAGGAUUAAUUGGACUUAUUAAUAAAACUGAUGCUCUCGUAACCGAUCCCGUUAUAGCAUACGCGUGUGUAAAAACCGUCAGCUAAGCUUGCAAACUGACAGUAUACUUGGCGUGCGCUACGAUAGGAUUCUCGUUUGAUCAUAGAGAACAGCGCUUGUACAUUAUAAUUGUAUAUCGACAAAUUCAUUCUAACAUGACGAAGAUUAUCACAAAAUUUUUAAAGUACAACAGACGAUAUUGUAUUGAUAAUACAAUAUUGAGAUUAUUGUAUUUUCAUCCAAGUACUGUUCUGGAUUUUGUGUCACAGAAGUAUUACAUUUAAAGGGAUGGUCUUAUGUUAGCGAUUUAUUUAAAAUAAAUUAUGUUUAUAUAUAUACAUCAA